CGUGUGCGAGCAAUUUGCGAAACGACGAUCGACGAAACAAAAAUCCUGUAUCACUUUUCCAUCUAGUUCCUAGGAGCUGGUGAUUUUUCGGUCAAAACUUGAUAUCUUUCUGCUGCCGUCGGAGAAUACAAUCCUAGUACGACAUGGCAUCGCUACUGAAACUGGCCAACACCCUGCGGGUGACUGGCAACGGAGCGCGAGUGAUUCAGCGUCUGAAGUCGUCGAAUGCUGCCGAUUUCCGUGCUGCGCUGGUUAAUGUUCCACCGACCGAAACGUCGCAGUUGGACAGUGGACUGCGUGUUGCCAGCGAGGAUUCCGGCUCACAGACGGCUACGGUUGGCCUGUGGAUCGAUGCUGGCUCUCGGUAUGAGGACAACCGUAACAAUGGGGUAGCCCAUUUCCUGGAGCAUAUGGCAUUCAAGGGAACUUCCAAGCGGUCUCAAACCGACCUGGAAUUGGAGGUUGAGAACAUGGGCGCUCAUUUGAAUGCGUACACGUCCCGCGAACAGACCGUGUUUUACGCCAAGUGUCUGUCCAAAGAUGUCCCGAAGGCAGUGGAAAUUCUAUCGGACAUCAUCCAGAACUCGAAGCUCGGUGAAUCGGAAAUCGAGCGCGAGCGUGGUGUCAUUCUGCGCGAAAUGCAGGAGGUUGAAAGUAACAUGCAGGAAGUUGUGUUCGAUCAUCUGCAUGCCACGGCCUACCAGGGAACGCCGUUGGGUAAUACCAUUUUGGGACCCACCAAGAAUAUCCAAUCGAUUGGAAAGUCGGACCUGCAGGCUUAUAUCGAUUCGCACUACAAGGCUCCCCGAAUUGUGCUGGCCGCUGCCGGGGGUGUUAAACAUCGGGAUCUAGUUCAGUUGGCUCAAUCGAACCUGGGCAAGAUUGGUAGCACUUUCGAUGGAAAGGCUCCACAGUUGACGGCCUGCCGAUUCACCGGCUCGGAGGUUCGCGUACGUGAUGAUUCGCUGCCGCUGGCUCACGUUGCCAUUGCCGUCGAGGGCUGCGGAUGGACCGAUCAGGACAAUGUUCCACUGAUGGUUGCCAAUACGUUGAUUGGAGCUUGGGAUCGUUCGCAGGGCGGUGGUGCCAACAAUGCAUCUCGUUUGGCCGUAGCGUCGGCAGAGGACAAUCUGUGCCACAACUUCCAGUCGUUCAAUACUUGCUACAAGGACACCGGUCUGUGGGGUAUCUACUUCGUGUGCGAUCCGCUCAAGUGUGAGGAUAUGGUGUUUAAUUUGCAGAACGAAUGGAUGCGUCUCUGCACGAUGGUCACCGAUAGUGAAGUCGAUCGCGCUAAGAACCUGUUGAAAACCAACAUGUUGCUUCAGUUGGAUGGAACGACUCCGAUUUGCGAGGAUAUCGGUCGUCAGAUGCUGUGCUAUAACCGUCGUAUUCCUCUGCACGAGCUGGAAAAGAGGAUUGAUAGCGUAAAUGCGCAAAACGUGCGUGAUGUUGCGAUGAAAUACAUUUACGACCGUUGUCCGGCGGUUGCUGCGGUUGGUCCCGUUGAGAACCUGCCCGACUACAUUCGCAUCCGUGGCUCGAUGAACUGGGUCCGAGUGUAAGCGAUGACCGUGAAGACCGUGCAUUGCAUUCGGAGCUAAAUAAGGAUAAACAAAAGCUGUUGCUCUGAUAGUUAAUUAAAAUCUUAAAACAUUUUCACCAAAUCAGAAAAACAAACAUUGUCGUUGGUAGCAGAACUGAAAAAUAUAAAAUGGAAAAUUGCAAUUGUUUUCUC